CUUUUCUUUCAAACAUGGCGUCUGGCGGGAGACCUGGCACACGCUCGUCGGGCCAAGACGCGAUGGACGCCGAAGAAGAGACCUCAGUCUUCGUCUACGACCGCCGAGAGGGAGACUACCCCGAGAAGAAGAUCCAGCUUGGAGGAAUCUUCAAGUUCGAGUCGUUCAAGGCCCGAAUUCGCGAGGUAUUCAAGCUCAAAAAUGAGGAAGAGUUUGUGAUUGUGACAACCAACAGAGAAGAGAUCAAAGAUACAAAGACAUAUGACAAGCUGAUAGAGGAUGGCGACACCCUGUAUAUCCUGAACACUGCGGACCAAGAGCUGGCGGCCCCCACGCAGGAGAGGAUCGACUACCUGCCUCACUACGACACCCUGGUCAAGAGUGGCAUGUACGAGUACUACGCUAGCGAAGGGCAGAACCCACUACCCUAUGCCUUUGCUGAGUUGAUUGACAACGCUCUAGCAGCAACUGCUGACAACGUGGGAGACAGGAAUAUUGAACUUCGCAUUAUUCUGGAUGACAGGAUCGAGGGAGGGAAACACUGCAUCUGUGUCCUUGACAAUGGCCACGGCAUGACCUCUAAGGACCUGAAUGACUGGGCCGUCUACCGCCUGUCCAAGUUCAACCGCAAGGACAGGAGGAGAAGCACGGGUGGGGCUGCACAGUCCGCUCCCCAGGUUACCGUGGAUACACGUACCCGCGCUGAACCCACCGCUGGGGAAAGUGAGUUAGGAUUUUGGAGACCACGGUCCCUGAACAGUGAAAUCUCGUACUUUGGUGUGGGAGGGAAACAGGCAGUAUUCUUCAUUGGAACAACAACAAGGAUGAUCACGAAACCAAAGAACUCCAAAGACGUCCAUGAGUUGGUGAUCUCACAGGAAGAUUUUGAGAAGAAGGAGAAGAACAAGGAAAAGAUCUACAGUGGGUACAUCAGGAACAGGAAGCCUGGCGACACCUCCCACAUCAGUCCAGAGGAAGACCACAUACGGAAGAUCAUCUCCGAAGAAACAGGGAGAGAGAACUUCACAGCUGUGGUGGUGACUAACGUGAACACUGUGCACCUCAAGUUUCUCAAGGACUACAUGAAAUACUGGCCCAAACAACUCAGUCACAUCUACCAUUACUACCUCCAUGGACCACAAGGGAAUACUGCUGCUGCCGAAGGGGGGAAGAGAGCUCGCUGUGACAGCCCUUCCCAGCACAUCCACAUUCAGAUAAAACUCAUCCAGAUGGGCCGCAAAGAGAAGAUUGUGGACCUGAGAGAGUUAGAGGACGACAUGCAGACACAGUACAUCCAGAAAUCUGCAGACAGCUUCGAGUUCAAGGCCACCGUAGAGGGGACAGGAAUAGUGGAAGGAAUCCUGCGGUAUCACCCGUUCCUGUACGAUAGGGAGACAUAUCCUCCUGAUAUGUAUGCUCCACCUGUGGUUGAAGAAGAUGAGGACGACUGUGUAUCAACUGACCGCCCCGCCCGAGGAAAGAGACCCAUUUUUGAGUGCUACUGGAAUGGGAGACUCAUCCCAUACACAUUUGUAGACGAUUUCGAGUGGUGCAGUCCACCCAAGAAGAGGGGGGUGAUCCCAGUAGAAUGUUACAACAGGAUCUCUGGUUGUCUCUUCACUAACGACAAGUUCCAGGUGUCCACAAACAAGCUGACCUUCAUGGACCUGGAGGUCAGGCUCAAGGACAAGAACACCACAUACUCCAUGGUCAAACAGGGACAGGAACAGAGAGCAAAGAUUGACCGUCAGUUUUUUGAGUGGUUGAAGGAGUGCCAUGAGAAGUACGAUAAGCAGGUGAAGUUCUGUGGGUUCGGGGGCUCCAUCACAAGGCCCGAGUUAGCCUCUAAGAAACAGCAGGCUCCUUGGGCCGUCUUCAAGUCUAUCGAGUGGGAUGGGAAGGUCUUCAAGGAGGGACAACUGGUGCGAACUCAGCGUACAGUCCCGAUCAUCUACGGUACCAUUCAGCGAUUCCUGCUCCAUGGCGACUAUGAAGGAGAGGUGUUCGCUACCGGUGGGGAGAUGGAGAUUCGACAGGAGCCGUCUUCCCUAUACGAUGAAGUGAAAGUUCUCCACCUGUCCAAGCUUGACCGCUCCACCACCAAACUACAGGCCAAGAAAUACAUAGAAGAAGAAGAAGCAAAACUGCCAGACAAGGUAGUGGUUAAGUGGCCGGAAGGGGACAGUCUUCAGAACAAUGACAAGAUACCAGCUGGGAGAACAAUAGGUGCCAUGAAGGUGGAGAUCUUUAACCGGAAGGGAGAGGCGAUAAACCGGUUGCCAGGCGGUUCAGGACCGGGUUCGGCUGGUUCUAGGAAACUCCUGGUGGAGCUCAAGAUCAUCUGGCACUCUCCCAGUGGUGACUCCAUCAUUGUGUCUCACAUCAGCCAGCAUGGAGGAAGAUGGCCCUACUGGUUCAGGAAAAUGGAGAAUGUUAAGAACCUAGGGAAACACACCUUAAGACUACAGGUGGUGAUGAACGAGAGUGACAAUACCAUCUUCGCUGGCAAGGAGCUCCCCUCACUCAACAUCAAGUUCACUGUCACAGAGGCAGCACCUGACAAGUUCACAGUAGGUCUGAUGGACCCCCCGUUCCAAGUGGGACAGCCCUUCCAGAUCCCACUGGAGCUACAAGAUGAGUUUGGUCACCCCACAUCUGCUACUAACAAACUACAGCCUGUCUUAGAGGCCAGUGGUCUGGACCUGAGUUACGAGGGUACAGAGGCUAAGGGUUCAACACUUGUCAUUAAGAAGGUUACAGCACUGGGAGAUGUGGGAUCGCACCAGGGAAAGAACUUCAAUCUAAAGGUCACCCUACCAGGAUUGGAGGAGGACACUCAAGUUCUCAAAAUCCGACUCUUACCAGGACCCCCUAGCUCCCUCCAUGUGAAGCCUACUGAUGACAGCCUACAGGUAGAGAAUGGGAAGGAGCUGAGCUUUGAUGUGGAAGUCAGAGAUAAAGCUGGCAACAUCUCAACUCAACCUAAGCUAGAUGUCACAUGCAAGUUCACAGGAAGCUCAGGCCUGCCCACCUACAGUGUAGACUGCAGUAACACAGGAAGAGGUGUUCUCACAGGAGAGCCCAUACAAGUCAGGAACAUGAAGAAGGAACAGUGGCUCAGGGCUGUCAUAUUAUGUCCAAGCUUCAGAGGCAUUCCUGCAAUAGAGAAGAAGGUAGUGGUAACACCCAGCACACGAGCAUCCACCCUAGAACUCUCAUACAUGGACCAAGAAAAGGAGACAGUACAAGUGAGACACCAAGCAAGUGUGACAUGUACUGCAGGGGAAACUCUGGAUGGCCUGACUUUCACUGUACUUGAUGAGGCCUCAAGAAUUCUACCAAUCACAGAGGCCACGGCUGCCAAAAUUAAGGUGAACUGGACACCAAGACUGAACACUAAGGAGGUUCUUAAGGGGAACCUUCCCGCUAUUAAGGUCCCCCUGUCUGUCACCGAGACCAAGUACUGUCAAGUUACUCUACACGACCACUACCCUAUCGAACUGGGAUUCACUAUAAGACCUCAGGCAGGUGAGGGAAUUCACCUGAGGUGCACCUGUACAGGUGAACAGGUGCUGAGGUAUGGAGAAAUGCUGCAGGGAGAUAUUCACAUCACUGUGGUAGAUACACAUGGCAACCCUACCAAGCUAACCCAGGGAGGUCUGAAGUACCUGAAUGUUGAGGCUGAUGGACUGGACACAUCUGCUUGCAGCAGGUCACUGGGGGAGAAAUCAGACCACUUUGUCCUGAAGAACAUCAGGUUCCACAGUGAAGGCCCCCUAGGUACGAAGGAGCUGUGCGUGACGUGGAGAGACCUGCAGGAGUUUGUGAGGCUUGUGAUAGUGCCUGGCCCACCUGUAGGCAUGGAGAUCAUAGACUGGCCAGAAGAUGGGCCAUUGAUGGUGUAUAACGGAACUGAGUUUGACAAACCGCUAGUGGUUCAGUUGAUUGAUGCUGCCGGGAACCCGUCACAAGAGUCUGGGGUCGGAGUUCAACUGGACAAGGACAAAGGAUUGGAGCUGACACCAUCACCCCAGUGUGUGAAGACUGAUGCCAGCGGUCGAGCCAACUUUGGGAUCAUGGCUGCCUCAGGAAAAAAGUAUGUUGUGACUGAAGAGACACCUCCUGUUGCCUUUGUAUUUGAUCCCGAUCCUAUAAAGGACACCGACAAAAAAGGACACUUCUAUUUCAGGGAUAGGAGAGUACCAGAAAAGUCUGGUAUCCACAGUAUUAUGUUCCAGUACAAUGUGUCGAGACAGAACAUCAUAUACAGCAACCUAAUUGCCAUCAAUGUCCAGCCUGGUGCACCAGUGAAGCUGGCCCCUGAGUCGGCCCCUGGCACACCUACUGUGUCCAACACUGCACGGUCAGCCAGCAGGACACUCCUCAAGCAGCUCAAACUCGUCUUAAAGGACCAAUAUGAUAACCCAGCAGGUGAACAUGUGAAUGGAGAAGUAGUAGUACGUGUGGCAGGAGAGGAAACACAGGAGGAGGAGGUACCACAGAUGGUGGGGGGGAGCAAGGAGAUGACUGUGGAGCUGGUCAGGGGGGUCGCGCUUGUACAGAAUGUAACCAUGCAGCAGAACUCCCCAGGUCGAGACGGGAAGCAGUACUUCCUGCAGUGUUCCCCCAAGAGUCUACAGCUGUCCAGAACCAACCCUAUUCCUCCCUUCAACCUAUCCUUCAUGUUUUACAACAAUGUGCGUAAGCAGGAAGAGAUGGCGAACCUAACCCGUGAGAAAGACGCCCUACUGCAGACCAUCCGCACCUAUAAACAACUCUUCGACACCACACAACAGCUCAUCAGUGAGAUGAAAAUAUCUGUGCAUGAGGCCAAGCAGUCUGAGCAGUCCCUUAGAAUGGAGUUGAGGAACCAGGCAGUACCAGCCUCAUGUCUGGAGUCUAUAGAGAAGGUAGAUGAGUUACUGGGCAUCAGGAUGCAGGAGAGGGAUGAAACCCUGAACAGUCCCCGCAGACAGUGUGGACUCAACCCUGCACCGAAAGGGGACCAGGAAAUCCUUGGAAAGAUCGGCCACCUUGCCCUGGUGGAAGACGAUGACAUCGCCCGUGUGCUGUCCUGGCACAUGGCUAGCGACAUGGACUGUGUUGUCACGGUAACCACCGCCAAGGCCAAACAGGUCUACGCCGGGUCGCACGGUCGUCAGCAGGUCCUGCCACUGGACUCCAUCUACAGACGCAACCUCCCAGACUGGAAUAGACCACUUCCACAUCUAAGAGGUAACAGGACCAACUUUGUGACGAAGGGGAACCCAGUCUACGCACGAGACAUGCUCAUCUUUCCUCAGGACCCUGACAACUGUAAACUGGUGUUUGGUAUGCUGCUUGGAGAAACAGUUAUUUUGGACUCACUAGACGAUGCCAAUGCCUACAGACAAGAGGUAGUGAAGAUCACCCACUGUCCGACCCUCCUGACCAGAUCUGGGGACAGGAUCAGGAGUAACGGGAAGUUUGGGGGGGUGCAGAACAAGGCCAUACCUGUGGAGAAGAUGAAGGGCGCCAUAUUUGGUGCCCCCCUCCCACUCGCAUAUCAUGCUUUGUGCACACAGAUAGAUACACUAGAGAAGUACAGAGAAGCCAUGAUCAAGAGAAUAAAUGCUGAGGACGAUCUGAACUUCCAGCUGGAAGCAGAGGAACUCCCUGAGAAACAGCAGCAGAGACAGGAGCUACAGGAGGCACAGGAGCAGUUCAAGGACAUCGAGAAAAGACUUGGACUGAAACCCACAAACUUUGGCAACCCAACACCCCCCACAGAGAGAAGGACCAGAACAGCCAACAAUGUACGCAGUCAGCCACCCCCGCCAUACGAGAACGAGUCCCCACCAAAGCGACUACGAUCAAACAAUCGCGAUUCCCCUUCCACCGUGAACGGUUACGGGUCAAGCUCAGGGUCCGACACGCCCACCAGAACCUCCGCGAGACGAGCUGCAAUGGCGGCCAGCGCGGCGGAUAUUCCAGUCAUCAAAAAGCAACGUAGAUAAUACUUUGGGACGUCGCUGUACUUUUCAGUUAUCUUUUAACAAAUGAGAGUGUCACGGUUUGCAGAAAAAAAUUACGAUUUUGUUUUUCAGUGUACACUUUAAAGUGCUAAUGUCACCAAAAUUGAUAAGUUUGUGAAUUCAAAUUAAGCCAUAACAGUAUUUUCGAUGAACAUACUAUAGACAUUUGUACAAAAUGUACACCAUUUGAAAAACGUUUUUCUUUGUGAAGCAGAAUAGCAAACUUUCUGAAAACUUACAGUUGUAUGCUGUACUUAACAAUGACUAUGCAUUGUUUGCUUUGCAAAAGAGCAUUUUUCGCAACUUGAAGCACUAUAGGUUCUGAACUGAAGCGUUUUCUUUGACAUUGCAAAAAAUGAUAGGAAUCAAGAACUGUAACUAAGGUUUGUAAAAAAUGAUGUCCAAUAGCAUCAGAAGGGUGAUGUUUAAUUUGUACUGACAUCUUUGUUUAUUGAACAAUAUUGAUGUAACUAGAAACUGUUGUAUUUUCGUGCCAUUAGUGACAUUAGCACUUAAACAGAAUACAAUGUCAAUUUGCAAAACGCAGUAUAGACAGAUUCAUUUGUUAAAAGACUGAUUAAUACAUCUACCUACUGUAUUGUACAGCAUUCUUGUUGAAAACAUUACAGUUGAAAGGCAGCUCUCUAAUGAACUUGAAUUCAUAAACCUUCAGACUGCUAAGGUAGCCGUUUGUCACUGAAUUUGUAUUAGUUAUGGGGUUAGGUGGCAAGAAGAGGGUUAAGUAGAACAUGACUAUGGUUUAAGUACAGUACUUGAGAGAAUAUGUUCAAGU